AUGCCUGGAGUCCCACCCGAUGCGUUGGCCCAACUGAAGAAGGGCAUCAGGAGCAUCUUCUCGAAGAAGACCAAGAAGGAGGAGCCAACUCCCACGGCUCCUGCUGAUGCUUCGUCACCUGCCACUACGAAGCCCAGCGAGACAGCGCCAGCCGCCCCGGCUCCAGCCACCGCUCCCGAGCCUGCAAAGACGCCAGCGACGACCAGCACUGCGCCAGCUCAGCCAGCGCAACCAGCUGCGGUCCCGUCUCCCGCCGAGCCCAAGAAGGAUGAGGCUGCUGCCUUGACCGAGGUCAAGAAGGCUACUCAGAGUAGGUCCACUUCUCAUUCAACCCCCAGUGUGCAACCAUACCAAGAAGACGAACUUUGGAAUGGCGCGAGACGAAGGCAGAAGAUUGCAAUGGACGACGACUGGGGUGCCCCCGAACCCGCUGGCGCUGUUGUGCCUCCUCCUCCAACUGCUGUGGCGGCUCAGACCCCGGCUGCCGAUACCCCAAAGGGCACUGAAGCCAAAGCGACUGAUGCUCCGGCCCAACCCUCUGCACCUGCUGCUCCCCUCGAUUUGCCUACGAUUCCUGCUAGCAAGCCUGCAGCUGGCAUGAGUGCUACGAGUGGGCCAUUGGAUGAGCCCGACUUUGACGCUGGGGCCAAGGAAGCACAGCCUGCUGCUCCAGCCCCAACUCCUGCUGCUCCUAGCGACACCACUCCCUCGGCUGCCCAGCCUACCCCUGCGCAGAAAUAG